GAGAGCUAGAUGGAGAGGAACUAGAGAACAUGACAUUUAAAACCUUGUUCUUAACCGCUUACCCCUUCUACCUAGCUUGAUUCCAAUCCAUGCAUGGCUCCUUCAGUUGAACUUCGGAAAGGUUAGCAGAUAGUUUUUGGGCAUCAGAAUCUAUAAACCAUCUUGAUCACCACGAGAGUUAAGAUAUGAGGCACAUCAUAUCGUCGAUAAGAAGAAAUUUCAAGAACUUGAGGAAGAGUUCACGGGUUGGUGAUGAAAACAUGAUUAGAAAUGGAAACAUAACUGAAGUACCCAUGUUGGAUAACGAAGUUGAUAGAAGACGGCGUCAUCAUCAACUAAAUGGGUUUUCAUCGAUCUUAUAUGGCAUCAUCAAGGCUCCGUUCGCUAUUUUGUCCGGUGCAGUAUCUUAUUAUCCUCAAGCCAAUGGUGUUGAUGGUGCAUGGGUGAUGUCCGGUGAAUUUGGUAGGAUGUCCGAGAUGAAUAAUAUCAUGAUAAAUGAUAGUAUGCGAUAUGCAAUUUAUAUGUAGAAGUAGCAGUAGUAGAAAGAAUGCCUUAUUAGGUCUCUUUUUGAACUUCGAACGAUUCUGAUUAGUAAACCAUGCAUGAUUGAGAUAUAUAUAUAUAUGUACCGUGUUAAUUUAGAGGAGGACUCCAUAUAUACGAAUAAAACUGGUAUGGUGACACUUAUAAUAUGAUUAUGAUGCUGAUUAAAUUUGAUAAUUCUAGUUUAGCA